UUGUUAAUUUAUUUAAUUCGCACGCCAUUCCUGGUACUGGAGUAACUGGACCGCUGAGUUUGUAGUUAAUGGCGUUAUGUGGAAUUGGAUUCAAACCGGGAUCGGAGGGUCUCGAAUUAGUAUAUUUGAGAGGAAAUUCGUCGAGAAAACUGAUUGCAGCAGCUCGAACAAAUUGGAGCAGCACUUAUCGAUGGAGAACGCGUUGGGCAGUAAGGUGUUCGACGGAGAGAGCCGCCUUUCCGUCGGAAUCAAAAGAAAAUGUGCAAACGGCUGGAUCUAUUUCCAUGGAGGAAGAAUUGGAAGCUGUUACGAAGUUUAAAUUGUCCGAUUUUACGAUAUGUGAUUGCGUCAGUAUUGGGCUUGGUGGUAGAGCAGAUGAAGUGGUUCUUGAAGCGAUAGUGAAGGAUUCUCACAGCCCAUUGUAUAACAAGAAAGUUGUGCUUCGACGACUUACUAGUUCUCAAGCCCAGCGUAGAGGGAGGCGAGCCAUAGAGGUACUAAAAAAGUUAGCCCGGCGCAGGCUUAUGUAUCAUUCAUAUUCAAUGCAAGUCUAUGGCUAUGUUUCUCCAUGUACUACUGAUGACCGCAGUUCAUUUACCCUGGUUCAUGGGUAUCAUGGUAGUUAUUCUCUGAGACAUUGGCUUCAAUUAUCGGACUGGCUUCCAACCUUAGAAGCUACUCUAGCAUUGGAUGAAGAGUGCGUUAGAAAGGUGGGGGAUGACACUGUUGGUGGACCUGCUAUUUCUCGACAAUUGCGGCUUACACGAAUUUUAAUGAGGGAUCUCUUAAUUGGAGUGAAUUACUUGCACAGCAAUGGACUUGCCCAUACUGAGCUAAGGCUAGAGAAUAUACAUAUAAGCCCGGUGGAUAGGCAUAUUAAAGUGGGGAUUCUAGGAAAUGCUGCUGAUUUCUAUGACAAUACUCCAAAUAAUAGUGCUAUGGAUAGUAAUAUGGAAAGGCGACGGAUGAUGAUUGCAUUCGACAUGAGAUGUGUGGGGUUUAUGAUGGCAAAGAUGGUGCUUCGGGAGCUGAUGGACCCUUUGAUAUUCAUGAAGUUCAAAUCUUUCCUCACUAGGGGAAACAACCCAUCAUGCUUGCGUGAAUUUCUAUUGCCAAUCCUUUGUAAGAGUUCCCCUUCCGGGAAUGCUGGAUUGCAAAUACUUGAUCGGAACUGGGGAGCAGGUUGGCAUCUUCUAUCCUUGUUGCUUGCGACAAAGCCUUCUGAGCGAUUAAGUUGUUUAGAUUCCCUGAGGCAUCCUUUCUUGUGUGGACCAAGAUGGCGUGUAGAUGCAUCGAUGGGCAUCAUCAGAUGGGGUCUAGGUUCAACUGCUGUUCGAAUUACAGAGGAAUAUAUUUAUGUCCGGCAUCAGCGUAACAGGCUCGCUUACUUCAUUGAAUUGAUGGAGAUGUUGAAUCCUUACCCAAAGACUAAGAACUGGUUGAAGUUCCUACCAGGAAGAUGGCGUCUGUUGUACAGUACAGGAAGGCAUAUAGGGUUAACUCUUCGCCAGACUUCUUCCAGAGUUCUUAUUGGUGAUGUUCACCUUACUGUUACACGAAAUUCUAAUUCGACAACUACCCUCUCUGUCACCUCUGACAUUUGCUUCACAGUUAUUAUUGGGCGGGAUUGGCCCCAUGACAAGACUGGGAUAGCCGGGAAAUUGCAGGUGGGCUCUUUAGCCAGAUUAACUGCUGGCAGGCGACUAUACCUUAAGGAAGAGAAUGCCAGGGGCUCCAGCUCACCUAAGGCUCAAGAGUCAUCAGCUCAAAAAUUGUCCAGUAGAAAGUGGAGGAGGGCAAGCCCAGUAAAGGAGCUUCCAUCAAGCCUUCCAGUGGCCAAUCUUGGCUCAGGUGAGGUCGAGAUGACAAUGAACCUUGAUGAUACAUCACUACAAGAGGUUAAUGUUGCAAGCAAUGUACUUCGUGAGGUCCAGUUGCAGGUCCCGCCAGAAAUGUUUGAUGUGUCAAAGAUUAUCUGUGGAACUUAUUUGGAUUCUAGGCUUCUGGUUCUUCGUGGGGUGAAUGGAUCUGCCUUGCUUUUCACUAGAUCAUGUGUAUGAAGAGGAAACUGGUAGAUGUAAUUCUGUAUGACAACCAUUACCUGCUGUAUCA